AUGUGUGAGACUUUCAACUCAGUUAUUAGAGAUGCAAGAGACAAACCUAUCCUCACCCAAAUGGAAUGGAUGAGGAGGUACAUGAUGAGGAGAAAUAAUGAGAAGUGGGAGGACUCCAAGGAAAUCACAAGCAACAUGACUCCAUAUGUGCAUAAGUUGUUUCAAAGGAUGAGCUAUGUCUCAAGGAAUUGCAUUGUGGAAGCUACCUGGCAUGACACUUUUGAAGUGCAACUGAAUGAUGACCAGGUUCUAGUGGACUUGGGGAAUUGGACUUGUUCCUGCAAUCAUUGGCAAUUAACAGGCAUCCCAUGUGUUCAUGCCUUUGCAUGCAUAAUGGAUCAAAGAAUGGAUGCUGAGCAGUUUGUCCACCCCUAUUACACUAUGGACAGUUAUAGAGCAGUAUAUGGACCUGCAAUUCAACCAAUGCCAAGCCCAAAGAACUGGGAGAGAGUGAACAUGACAGAGCCUCAACCACCAACCUUCAAAGUGCAGCUUGGAAGACCAAAACAGAAGAAAAGGAAGCUGGAACCUGGUGAGGGAACAUCUGCAACAGGAGGGGAGCAGGGAUGGAAGAGAAGGAGGAGUCAGUGCAGGAACUGUGGUGGAUUUGGCCACUAUCCCAAGACUUGCAAGGUCCCACAUGUACCUGAACCAACUGACCAGAGAUCUGCAGGAAGGCCCCCUUUAAACUCACCAUGGGUGGUUGAGCAAAGGAAGAAGAGUGAGAUCAGAGCUGCUAAGAAGAGUGCAGUAGGGGCUGGUCCAAGCAGCAUUGGGAACAAGACUUUUCCCCAAGAGCAACCAGGCUGUGAACCAUUGAGUAAGAGGAAAGGUUCACAAAGUCAACAAGGCCAGCCAAAAGCCAAGCAACAUAGCACCCCCUCUUCCAGUCAACCUGAACCCACAAACAAAGACAAAGUUCAGCACACUGGAGUGCAGAUAAGGAGGGCUAAGCUGCUAAGUUCCAAACAUGCAAAUUUGACUCAAUGA